AAAAUAAAAAAAAUGUUGCCGAGGAAAUCCAUACUUUAAGUCUUUCUGUUCCGUGGUUGUCUGCACGGGGCCUGAGUCGAUCUGGGUCCAUCCGUGUGUUUACUACCAGCACAGUGAAGCUUCAAAUGGCUCCAUCAUGCCUUGCGGUGCGGCGUCCCAGUUAAUUCACCAGUCGCGUCCGCGUCUCUGAUGGGCAGAGCAGCGGAUGCUUUAUCGGACAGCCUUCGUGUCGGAUGUCCGAAGAGGGGACGGACGGGACUGGUGUUUACAUCCACACGACUUCACAGACGAGGAGGAGGAAGAGGAGGAGGAGGCUGCGCACCGUUAACUCCUGCAGGAGCGGAAAGGCACGGAUUGAACCCGGGAUCUCAACCUGCUUUACACGCCACAGGAAGCGGUGAAUUUUACUCAGAAGAGGCACACCGAGCCUCCGGAGCACCGGGACGGCUUUUUUAUUUUAUUUAUUUUUUUUCUUUAAAAACCCUCCGACAGGCGGUGAGCUGCGGCUCAAUGAGGGUGCAAGAAUAAGCCCCUAAGAGCGCCCCCUGGUGGAACGGAGGAAUGAGGGCCUCUGGAUGAAGGCCAUGGAGCUGAAAGUCUGGGUGGACGGCGUACAGCGCAUCGUGUGCGGGGUCACAGAGUUCACCACCUGCCAGGAAGUGGUCAUCGCUUUGGCACAAGCGAUCGGACGCACCGGCAGGUACACUUUGAUCGAGAAAUGGCGAGACACGGAGCGCCACCUGGCUCCGCACGAGAACCCCGUGGUGUCCCUCAACAAGUGGGGUCAGUAUGCCAGCGACGUGCAGCUCAUCCUCCAGCGGACCGGCCCCUCCGUCAGCGAGCGGCCCACCUCCGAAGGGCUGGCUCGGGUCCCGGAGCGGGGCCUCUACCGCCAGAGCUUGCCGCCUCUGGCCAAGCUGCGGCCUGCGGGGACGGAUGGCUCUCUCAAACGUAGGGAACCCAAGCGCAAGUCUCUGACCUUCACCGGGGGAGCCAGAGGGCUGCGGGAAAUAUUUGGGAAAAGUAAAGAUACCGAAGCCAAACAGGCUCAGCAGCGGGGCGUCAGCCUGAACCUGAGCAGACUCAGAGGCGGUGGGACGGCAUCUGUACCUGGGAGUCCGGCUAGGGAGCUCAGCCGGCUGGUCCAGCUGCAGCGAGGCAAGCUGCAGGCCCUGGAGAGCCGUCUGCUGGGCUGCGAGGCCGAGCUGCGAGACUGGGAGGAGGCGAGCGACCAGGAGGGAAACGUGGAGGACGAGCUGCUGCUUCUGGAGCAGCAGGUGAGGAGGAACGACGCCGAGGCGGAGGAGGAGGAGUUCUGGCAGAACGAGCUCCACAUCGAGCAGGAGAGCGAGCGGCAGCUGCGGCAGCAGCUCGUCGAGCUGCGGGGCCGCGUGCGCGACUGCGAAAGCAAGCUUUCCGAGUACUUGGCGCGCAUUCAGAGCAUGGAGAUGGGCCUGGAGAGGGAGCGACUGCAGCAGGAGGCUGAGCUCAACCUGAAGAUCAAGGAGGAAGAGGUGCAGGCCCAGCUGGAGAAAGUGAGGGCAGAGCUGGAAGUGCAGAGCCAACAAACGGCGCGGCUGGAAAGCAGCUGCAAGGCGUUGGAGCGCUCGCUUUGCCAGUCGGGCAAAAGACUCCAGGAGAAAGAACAGGAGCUCGAGCAGCUAACGAAAGAGCUGCGGCAGGUCAACCUGCAGCAGUUCAUCCAGCAGACUGGCACCAAGGUCACGGUGCUGCCCGCUCAAUCCGCAGGAGACAACAAUGAUGUGGAGUGCGGCUCUCUGAAACGGCUGGGCUCGUCGCGGCUGUUACCCAGCGAUCUCCGCGCUCUGCAGAGCAGGGUCUCCUCCGGUCUAAACCCAGAAGGCAUCUACGUCUGACUCCGCGUGGGCCGACGCAGACAGCUAGGUGGCCUGGUGUUUCAGAUUCACUGGACAGCCGAGAAUCCUCGUCGGAAACGGCCAUUUUACCGUUACUGGGAGACACACCAAAGUCGUGCCAACGUGCAACACUUUUGUCUGAACUCUGAGGCAGGAGUUGGGAUUUUUCGCCUGUGCUGUUGCGUAAUGAGGUAACAAAAACAAACAAGCUACAAACCAGCAGAUCUUUACUUUAUGCUCGAAGCAGCUACUUCGGACUGACUGUCAAUGACGAGGAUUUCAGGAGUUUAGACUUGUGUAAGAGUAGAUGCAUGAGCAUGCACAUUUGUGCUAUAACCUUAGCCAUAUCUGAUUGCCUUACUCUGGUUAAAAAAAAAAAACAUAUAAAGAAAACCAGACAUGAAGAAAUAUAAUGUUAAAGCAGAACUCAAGGUACCUUCUGAAUGCCAUAAAAAAAAAAACUCAAAAAUGUUUAGCAGCAAUCCAGGAGACUGCUGAUUGUACCUGAUGUCAGUGUGUUUUAAAAUCGAAUCUGGUGUUUUUUUAUGUAUGGGUUUAGACUUUUAUAUUGAUUCAGUGGAUGUAGAGUAGCCUUAUACUCAGUUUUUAAAGUAUGAAGUAAAAAAAAUCCAACUUAUAAUUAUACAUAGGAGGUGAAAACCAGAAUGUGUAGUAGGCCUGCAGAGUACCAAAAGUAUCUAAAAUCAAUCGAACAAUCAAUGUCGACUAAAUAGCCACCAGGUGGCGACAAACACAAACUAUUCAGGCAAGCAAGAGUAAUUUGAAUGGAUGUCUUCUCUGGAGCUUAGGUUGUUUUAUAAGUUUGUGUUCAUAUACAUAAACUGGUCAUAUUAUUUUAUAUAAAUAUAUAUAUAUAAAAAAAAGCUUCAGCACUUUAGAUCUGAAUGUGUAAAAGUGCCACUAUAUAUUUUUCUUCAUUUUAUUUUUAACAGUUUAACAAAAUAAAGAUGUCUUAUUUGAACCAAAGCUAGUGCAAGAAAAUAGUUAGAUGAAUAUAUAUAUAUAUAUAUAUAUAUAUAUAGUUUGAGUGAAACACUAAUGACUUAAUUUUUUGUUGUCACAAAAAAUAGGAUUUUGUUGGGAAGUAAUGGAAAAAAUGAGAAAUGUGUAAAACUAUAUAUGUCUGUAGCGAAUCCAGUUCCACAGAAUUAAUAAAACCAAGCCAAUAAUUUGCUGAAACUGGAUUGAAAUGCAAACAAUGCAUUCUUUAGAGUUCUGUGCCCAGAUUGUGCAUUCACUGAAACACUGCGUUGGGAUUUUGAUUUUACAGGAAGUAAGCAGGGAUGAAAUAUUGUUGCACGAAAUUAAAACAGUCUUUGUCGUGGUUUGAGACUCUUAUUUUGAAGUAAUAAAGGAAGCAGUUCUGAACCUUCUGUGGUAAUCUUGGUUACAAACAUUAUGCUAACAUUAUGCUAACUGUUUUGUGGCUAAUGAUGCAAAACCUUUGAUUUACCAAACAGUAUGGGAAGAAAGUAAAGCAAAAUAAAGUCUAUUAAGCAUCGUACUUUAACCACUGUAAGGUGAUAUAGCCACACACCACUAACCACGAGCCACUAUUGAUGCUAAUAGUAACAUUUGCUAAAUUAAAGGUGCUAAAUUAAAGGGCUGUUUCACAAUUUUUUUAAUGUCUCCGGGCUUCAUUUGAUCAUCUGUUGUCCAUUCUUGUAAUGAAACCACAGCAAUUCAAGCCAAAAGUCAUUUUUAUUGCAACAAUAUUGUAAUAACUUGCCAAUAACAUAAGUUAUUACCAGAUUGGGUACUUAAUAAAUAGCCAGAAGCGACUUAUUAACCAAUGUGACUGCGUGUCUCUUUACAUCUAAAUAACAUGCAAAUACAGUCGUACUCACUAAAUAAAACAUGCAUACAUAUGUCUUCAUAUGUAGAAAUCUAAAUUUACAUAUUGUAGAUUUUGAGAGAGCGCUUUGAAUGUUGGCCACCAUUGAUGGAUGAAAUGAUAACUCAUAAUAAAUCAAAGAUGCAAGUUUUGACAUACAAAAAUAUGUUUUACAUCCCAGAUCUUCAGGUCUAUAUUUUUGCAUUAAUGGUUAAAGUUGUUUCAUUUUUAAGGGAUUUUUUUUAUGGCUACACACAAAAAAAGGAGCAACCAGCCAAUAAUGUCAUAACCUGUUACAAAAUUAGCAAGUUAUUAUGUUACUGGCCAAUUAUACGUUAUUAGUUGCUACAGUCCCUAUAAAUGUGGAUAUUUUUCCACUGUGCUCGCUGUUUAAUUUGAGUGUUAAAGUGGCAGGAGUGCACACAUCAGAGAGUAACACUUUUCAGCUCUGAAUCAGUAUUCAUCCGAGGCGGCUCUGUUGUUUCAGAGCGCUUUUAAUUUCUGCAGCCAUAAAUCUUUUCUACUCAUCCAGGAGAUUGAAAUUUCUUUGCAGUUUCUUUCAGAGUGAUAAACAACCUCGGCUUUUUUUUUUUUUCUCCAAUUACUCCAUUUGACAAGCUGGAAAUCCAACAUGAGCCUUUUGUAAAGACCCUCGCACUUGUGCUGUGAAUGCGUAAGGUCCACCUUUUCGCUUGUUUUGGAAGCCGAAGACAUUCACGUCCCCACUUAAGCUGAACCUUUCCGUAAUUGUUCAGCGACUGAAAAUGAUUGUUCGUGUCGCUGCAAAAGUCUCAGCUGGAGACUGAAACGAAAGGAAAGUUUUAAAUAAUGGCGUG